AUGGGUCAAGAACAUAUAUUGGAAGCAUGUGUGUUCUGGGUUGCUCACCUGAACAUUUUGUUUCAGGUUUGGAAUCGGACAGUGUAGGAACCAGCAGAUAACAGAGUAUUUGGAAGGACCUCACCGUUAAAGAGGGUAUCUGGAGUGGUGGUGUCACCCAAGGGACCAAUUCACCAUGCUUCCUCAACAAACUUCAGGAGGCCAAUAGAAACGGAGACCUGGAUAGCCCCCAUAAUGAGAAGGCAGUGUACGUAUAAGCAAAAGUGUGCAGCAGCAAGUGGAGCAGCUGGUGUGAUCAUCUUUAACUAUCCAGGUACAGGAAACAAAGCAUUUCCUGUGGUCUGCGUGAGUGCAGAAGAUAUUGGGGCAGUUAUGAUUGGCAAUCUGAAAGGCAUGGACAUUUUACACUUAAUUCAUGGUAUUGAGCUGUGGCUGUUCAAACACAGGACAUGUUCAAUAUAUAAAUGUGAUCUUCUCAAAGCAACAGAAGCAGCAGAUGGUCAACGGGAUGCUCAGCAGUACGGUCAACAGCUAUCGGUACGCACAUUCAACAGCUGUCAGUAUGCAUAUUCAACAGAUGAUCCAGUACGAAAUUCCAAGGUUUUUGAUACUGUGGACACCAAAUAUUACAAUUAUACUCCCGUGUCACAGUUGUGCUUGGGGAUGUCACUGUGGCAGCCGAGCAGCGCUGCUGCACUGGAGCCGCACAGGGCUCAGGGCCACCUCCUGCCGCCGAGGAGCCAGCUACUUAUCCAAAGAGUGUUUGUGAGAUGA